AUUUUUGUUGUUUAUUGAGAUUACCGAGUAUUAUGUUUACAUAUCUGUUGUGCUGCUGCAAAUCAGAAUUUCGUUGUUCCGUUUCGGGACGUUUGACAAUGGAACUCUCUUGAUUCAUGACAAUGAUAGACGGAAGUACAAACGGGGGUGUUCAUAUCCCCAGUUUAAAGAGAUUAUUUACUGGUUAAUGCAGGGAGUAUGCAUCAGCACCGUUCCCGCUCCAUAACAUUCCAACUACCUGCAUCCCCAUAACUCCACAUCACUGACUGAGCUUGGCAGCUUCGCGCCUGCGGUUGUAUACGUGAAUGCCACAAGCUCUCAAUGCCGUCAUUCUCGUCAUAGUUAUUGAACUAAAUAACACAAUCGCCAUUUUAACUCCGUGCAAUUCAUGUGUGACAUCUGUAGACAUCUUGUGGGGUUUUUUUUAAUCCAGGAAUCAGCUCCGUGCCCAGUAAAUCUCUCAAUGUAGAGUAAACUGCUCUAACGUCGUCUCCUGCGGUUAUGUUUAGUCUCAUAAAUACAAAAACUAAAAACAAACGGAUCAAUACUCGAGCCACAAUGAUUUGCAGAUGCGGAAAUCUUGAAAAAGUGAUGGAAGAACUCAAUAUUCCAUGUGGAAAUAAAUAGCCUUUCUCUGAAACGCCCCCGAACAUUCGCCACCGAAUAAAGGCUGUACACCGUGCGGCGUGGCAACAAAGUGACAGGUCAACGCUGCUGGGGCUGACAUUGAGGUGGUGCAGACUACCACUUUACUUUUAAAAGUGAGCAAAUAUUCAAAACAACGCAUGCGAUACAAUGAAACUCCCCGAAUGAGUCGCCAACAUUGGAGAGAACUGGACGUACUCGAUGUCCCCGCACGGGACACGGAGUGAAGAGAGUUCUCUGGACCCCAGAAACCGCAUAUUACGGCGGAAUGAAUAUUUAACUUCGUAACACUUCCGCCAGAGUGAGGAUGUUGCAAUUGUAAAUCGGCGUGGCCAGUUAACAUUGAAGUUAAUGUUCACCGAGACAGCUUGAGCCAAACAUAGUUUGUAGCCGGUGGAUUCAGAACGUCGCUACAAAAGAAAGCGGAGCGUCAUCGAACGUCUCAAUAUUGAACUUCUUACAAGGAAGGCGGUAACAUUGAGUCAACCUAAACUCCCGGAGAGUUGGCCGAGAAAGUAUAGACCAACCACAGCAGCAAAUGGAACAUUCAAUGACCUCCGAAUCAAAUCAACAACAACUCUAUCAAUUUUGUGGGUACGAACUGAAGAUUACCCAAGAUUUCAAACACUUAACCGUACCAGCGAUGAUCUGGGACGCUGGGAUCGUACUCUGCCGGUAUUUUGAGGAAACGCGCAUCAACUUUACUGGGAAGAAAGUGAUUGAACUGGGGUCUGGCACUGGGCUCGUGGGGAUUCUUGCCAGCCUCUUGGGUGGAGAGGUAACAUUGACAGAUCGGCCGAACGUCCUGAAUCAGAUUGUGUACAACGUGAAUAGUAACAUCCCCUCUGAACUCAAAGUGAGAACAAAGGUUAGCGCCCUCCAGUGGGACCAUCCACACGACCAGUAUGCCUCUAAGUAUGAUAUUAUCAUUGGCUCGGAUAUCGUCUAUGAUCCACGCCAAUUCCAGCCACUUAUAAACAUGCUGUUACACCUGAGCAACCCGGACACCGUUAUCUACUUCAGUUCCAAGCUGAUUAAGAAUAUAGCAGCGGUUGUGUUUUAUGAAAAAAAACUACCAAUGCACUUCGACUUCGAAAUUGUUCACACACUUCCACAUCAAUUAAUUAACGUUUACAAAAUCAUCCGGAGAAUUGACAGCGACUAGCAAAAUAAUCCCGCAGAAAGUUGGGUGGAAAUACUCACAUUGCUUUACAAUUCAAAAUCGCAUUGAGGGGCCGGAUACAGAUUGUGAAUAGUGUAGGGACGUUUAUGAAGGGUUACAUUGCCUUGCGCUUGGGUAGAAUCCUUGAGCUAACACGACGCUGUUAUGUUUCAGAUCUAGGUUUAGGAAAAAUAUAUUAAGCCUAUUAAUGGUCGUGAAGAGUAUAGCUGGGAAAGGGAUACAAUCACCAUAAGGAACUAUUCAAAGCAAGUAGAUCCAUGAUUACGGUUUAGAGUAAUAGUAACCGUGAGCUUCGCAAUACAGUGAAUCAAACCCAGCGACUAAUAGACAAUGAAAUAUGAGAUUAACCGAGCACGCUUGGUUGCCCUGCUAAAUUGCUAUGUAAGUAAGUAAGUUUAUUGGCCAAGUAUUCACAUACAAGGAAUUUGCCUUAGUGCUCCGCCCACAAGUAACAACAUGACAUACAGUGACAGUUACGAAUGACUCAGAAAACACUAAACAUUAAUAAUAAUAAAACAUUAAUGAUAAAACACCAUUGAUCAAGCAUGUGAACCAACAAAAUACCAGAUCAAAUGUGUGUCCCUUGCAUCGAGAUUAGGUUGUUUGUGUUGUACUACUGGAAGAUUGCAAUGAUGUUGCGCAGAUGAUAAAAGAUUAGAUCUCAAUACAUUAGAAGUUUACAAACGGUUCGUAGCGGCGCUAAGUUUAUCCGUACGGUCACCGCUGAGCAUGCAAAUAGUUCCGACAUAGUCCACCAACCUUGUAGUCAAUAAACAUAGUUACUGCAGCACAUUGUGCGUCUUUUUUUAGAUAUAACUUUACUUUGGAUAACUAUAUGUCGAUGCGUUGCUCUCGUAAUAAUCCUGGAGUGCGAUUUAUACCACAAAUAUAAUUUGUAGUCAUUAGCCUGAAGCCUACAAUAGUCAUAAACAAGAAUACUACACAUUGCUUAAUAGAGUAUAAUUGCACAAGCGUCAAUAUAAGUAGCCUGUGGCUCAACGACACAAUUGUGUUUCUUUACUGUCGGGAGGGUAAAUGGAAACAUUUCUCCCCAGCCAGUUUUUUUUAUGACACAUUCCCUGCUCUGUCAUUUUCCAAAGUAACGUUACGUUAUUCUCUGGUUACCGGUCGAAAUUACGUUAUAUUCAAUUAUUGUUAUGGAAACACGCGUUGCAUCAGAACUACUUAAAGGCAAAUGUGUGGCGAAUGGAGGUCAAGCUGCCAUAUACUGCUUCCUACAGUACUUGCGAUCUAAAGGCCACUGCGGACCAGGAAACGUGGGAUAUAAGUAAAUGCGGACAUCAUUGACAUGUGGAAGUUCACGGACAUAACCUACACUCAAAUAAUCAGAUCGAAACACAUGACACACCUUUAAGGAUUAGUUCAGUAUCUAUAUUUACCUCAAAGGCAAUGUAUUGCUAACUAUACCACAUUUAAACAAAGGGAUGACUCGGGAGAGGUUAGGGCCAAUCAAAGAUAAGGGGAGUGUGUUUUUUGAGUCAGGGAAUGUGGGCGAGGUACUAAAUCAGUACGUUGCAACUGUAUUCACCAAGAAGACAGACGUGAAGGAUAAUGACAUCAUGGUAGGGGUAUUCUAAUAUUGCGCGAACAUUUGAGAUUAGGAACAAGGUCGAUUAGGGACUCUAGAAAAAUUAUUAAAGUGGUUACAUGUCUAUAUCCCGGUGGAAAUCUAUCCCAUGUUAUCGGGUAAGGUAAUAGAGAAGAUUGCAAAUUCCUUGACGAAGAUAUUUAUAGUAUCAGCGGCGAGAUACCUGGAGAAUAGCCAAUGUCGUUCCUUUGAUAAUGAAGAGAAGUGGAGAUGAUUCAUGGAAUUACAGGCCGGUGGUCUUUACGCAAGUGGAAUGGCAACUGUCUAGAGGGGAGUUCAUUGGGACAGGAUUAAGUCUAAUUUGGAAGAGAAUGAGUUGAUUAGUGAACAAUCAGCAAGUUAUGUCCUGCAAACUUGAUCGACGUUUUUGAGAAGGUGACGAGGUAUCAAAGUCAAUUUUAUUCGUUUAUUGAAAUGAAAUGUAUUUACCAGCAGCGAUACACUUAAAAAGAACAUACAAUACACAAUAAAAUUUAACACAAACAUCCACCACAGCAUUCUUCACUGUGGUGGGAGGCAACAAAGUUCUGCCAUUCCUCCUUUGUUCACCCGUGGUCGGGGCCAUAGACUCUCCGUAGUCGCCGCUGCAGACGACCCGAUGUACAGGCUCUCUCGGCGGGAUGAUCGAAACUCCGACGUCGGAGGUGGGGCGGUAAAUGUUAUCUACGUGGAUUGUACGAGGUAAGGCCUUUGACGACAUCUCUCGUGGCAGGCUCAUCCAGAAGAUUAAGGUGCAUGGGUUCCACGUGGUUAGGUAGGUUGGCUUACCCAUUGAAGACAGAGACUAAUCGUGGAAAGAUGUUAUUCUGGCUGGAUAGUCUAUGACCAGUGGUGUUUCGCAGGGAUCUCUGGUGGAACCUGUGGUUUGCAACGAAGUCUUGUUUCUUUAUAGGUUGUAUGGUACAUUUAUAGUUUAUACAGGAUGGCAACAGACCAUUCGGCCCAACACGUCUUUGCCGCCCAAAGUGACUGGCUGAGUUGGUGCCGUUUGCCUAUGUUAGGCUCAUACUCUCCUCAAACUUCCAUGCCCAAGUCUCUGAAACGAUGUUAUUGUACCCACCUCCACCAUAUCCGCUGGUAACUCGUUCCAUAUCCCUAUCACCAUCUGUAUGAAAAAAAGUCCUUUAAAACCUUUCCUUCUCAACUCCUAUGUAUGCCAUUCAUCUAUGCCCUAGACGACUCCUCUUGGAAAAAGACCAGAGCCAUCCACAUCAUCUACGCCCCACAUUAUUUUAUAUACCUCCUUACCUUGAUUAUUUUAAGCAGUUCGAGUGCAUUGACCAAUAAUAUCCGUGCAGUCUUCAAUUAGUUGUUUGACAACAACCUUGAAAGGGCACUGAUCUAAAACAUAGGCGUCCAUAGGAUCCCAGUGAAUUUGGCAACAUUUUUACGAGAUUGGCUUGACAAUAGUAAGCAGAGGGUGGCCGCUGAAAGUCAUUUUUAGAUUGGAAACUUGCGACCAGUAUUUACGACAGUAAACGAGACUGGGGGCUUUGCAGCGUGUUGUGUCUGGAUGUGGCCAGAUAACAGGCUCGAAGAUGAACGCCCAUUUAGACUGUGCAUAGGACAUGAGGCGGGCGGUUAUGGCACAGCUAUGCGCAAGAUUCGGUUGGUUGCAGCUUGGGACCCGUGUAGCUGCGAUCACAAAGCUGCAGCGGGGACGGAAUGGCACUGGAGAGGGUACAGAGAGUUCCCCCCAAGCUGCGGUCUGGAUGGAGUGCUUCACUUCUGAGAGGAGACUGGAAAUAGAAUCCUUGAAGCGCAUGAGCCUGUGUGAGGGGGCAGACGGAGGUGUACAUGUGCGUCACCGAUAUGGUAGAUUGUAGCGGUAUUAACAUUUAUGUGUAAGAUGAGGGUGAAGAGUGAACUAUUCAGGGAGAAUCUGUUCUCUUUAACAUGCAGAGAUUGUCGGAACUCGCUGAUCUGCUUGACGGAUCUUCAAAAAACGUAUCGAGAUAAUAUCUGAAAUUAGAAUGGAUUACUUAUGUAGCAUUGGCAGGUUUGUAAUUAAUAACCACGAAUAGCCGAGGGAAUUCUUUCUGUGGUGUAUGACUAUUACUCUAUAAUUCUACCACCCGAGUUACGUUCCUAUUCUUCGACGCCCUUCCAUGCAAAGUGCGUUAGCAUGCGGCAACAUGGCUACGGCAACAUUAAUCUGUAUGGUCCACACAAACCUUUCUCCCAUUCAGUAAGGUUGUUCUCAGUCUGUAUGUUCCAAUAAAAACACAUCCAUCCACUUCGGCCUAACCUCAGCAAUGUCCAUCGCUACCAAUAUCAUUCUCAUUCGCAUUCUCUUCUCAUUACAAGAUACAGGGCAGUUACACUUAAGAUAGACAUAAACAGCUGGAGUGCCUCAGCGGGUCAGACAGCAUCUCUGGAGAAAAUAAAGUUUCGGGCCGCGACCCUUUUUUCACUAGUGACUAGAAUUGAUGGACAUUUCUAAUGGCAUGACCUUUCUAACGGUGUACCCAAUUGUCUGAAGAAUGGUCCGAAACGAAAUCGACCCGAAACGUCACACAUUCCUUUUUCCAGAGAUGCUACCUGUCCCGCUGAGUUACCCCAGCAUUUUGCGUCUAUCUUCGAUUUAAACCAACAUCUGCAGUUCUCUCCUACACAUAGGUUGUAAGCGCUCCGCUCUCACGUCACGUUCGGUGCUGGAGUUAAUAAACAUUACAGAGCGAACAUCUGAUCUACCGCUGUAUUUGACGACCUGCCACACGGUAAUAUUAAAAACAUAUGCAGCUGUGGCAGGGUGGGGAGGAAAAUGAUUCCGUUGCGAGAUACUGCCGAAUGUUCUUAUUCAAAACUGAGAAGUGUGUACAGUGUGUAAAUGCAUGCUGAGUCUUUGUAAGGGACAAACACCAACUCUGCACAUCGUGAGAAAUAAAUCACGAUCAAGUCCGAAUGAAUGAGAAACUGACAACCAACAUGAUUAGGCAGGUAAAAUAUAGAUAGAAUUAAAAACUCAAAAAUAGCGCAUUAUUAUUGUACGUGAGGAAAUUGUAAGCGCGACACUAUCUGCAUAUCAUGCUACUUCGGGAAAUAACCAAACACAAUCAAGGGCCACUUACGCCCGACCCUCUUCUCCCCACCCACUUAGGACAGAAGACACAUAAACUUUAAAGCACGUCCCACCAGAUUUAAGAAUAGUUCCUCCCCCGCUGUUGUCAGACCCCUGCACGGAUCUCUCAUAGACUAUCUCUAAACUGUCAGGGAUGAAAAUCAGGGAUGAAUUCCAGUCGUUCAAUUUAUCUCGUCACUCACCCUUUAGUUAUUUUACCUGCACUUUCUCUGCAGUAAACAACAUUCAUUUCCAUACAUCUUGAAAUAACAUUUUAGUUCAAGAUGCCACAAUCAAACCAAUUACUCAAAUGGAGAGGCAGAUCAGAGAAAAUCCUUUACAACACGUUGUUACAAAUA